AUGUUAACACUGCUUACAAUAUCGAUUAUUGGACUUGCAACAAUUCCUCAUUUUAUCAACACUGAAAAGGCGAAUUGGAAAAAUAUGUUUCCUCGUGAUGCAAACAUAAGUGCACGCUCUUUGACGGCUGCACUUAUGCCUAUUUUAUUUGCAUAUAGUGGCUGGAAUAAUUUAAAUUACCUUUGUGCUAAUAUUGCAUACACAAACGUACCAUUAUCAACAAUAACCGGAUAUAAUGAACCUUCAGAAAUCAUUGCUGCUUUUGGAGCAUUGGCUGCAAAUGUAUUGGUCGGUUCGCGAGCCAUUGUAGCUGCUGCUAAAAGAAAUUAUCUUCCUUUCUCGUUACAACUCAAAAAAUGGAAUGAAGAUAUAGAUCCGCCAAUUUUUGCAUUGAUUUUGCGCCGUUCUCAACCCAAUUUAAAUCGUCCAUUCAGUGUGCCUACAAUAAUACCCAAACUAUUCAUUUUAUUCACACUAUUUGUCAUAAUUGGUUCUUUCGUAAACGGUUCAUCAAAAAUAUAUACACUACAACAAUUACCUAACGACGACCAGUGUGAUAGUUCGAAAAACCACGAAUACUUAGGCUAUAAAUAUUAUCUUCCUUAUGUCGUCAGUUUGGUUGUAAUAGGCGUUGGUGCAAUUUUCUGGCCUAGUUAA